AUGUCCUCAGACACAAUUCAACAAAUGGCCCGCCAUCCUCUUCAACGCCUUUCAUCUCCAAGCCGAGGCAUUUCAGCAGCUUUCCACCUCGUUGGGAUUAUCUCCUUCAGUCUCUCGUACAAAUACCUCAUGGACUUUCCUACUUUCAUAAAUGCUUCCUAUGGCUGGCACUUCCAAUACUUGACGAUUCUCGGGCUCACUGUGGCCCAUGGAACCUUCAUCGCCGGUUUCCUCGCUGAUCUCACCUUGUCUCCUACACUGUUUCUCAUCAAGAACACGCUCUCAUUAUGCAGUGCUCCGUUGGAAGUCUUAAUCAGUGUACUAUACUGGGGAAUAAGUGCUAUUGACAAGACCCUGGUUGUUCCACCAGAAAUUCAUAUUGCUCCAAUAGCAGAUAUCGGAUUUCAUGCCAUGCCAUCGAUACUACUCACUAUCGACCUACUGUUACUUUCGCCACCUUGGACGAUCAAAACUUCCCGAGCUUUGGUAUUGAGUUCCGCGAUUGCAGUUGCGUACUGGUUCUGGGUCGAGGAAUGCAACAAGCAUAAUGGAUUCUAUCCAUACCCAAUGUUCGAGGAGCUCAGUACCAUCCCAAGGGCUGGAGUAUUUGUUGGAGCGGCGCUUCUGAUGACAGGAAGCACCGUCACAUUGCAAAAAUUAUGUGCCCUGGUCAAUGGACGACUGCCAGCAGACAAGUCACAAGCACCAACCAGUAUUAAAGAGGAGUAG